AUGGCUGCUCAAGUACCAACUUUCAAGCUCGUCCUUGUCGGUGAUGGUGGUACCGGAAAGACCACCUUCGUCAAGCGCCACUUGACUGGCGAGUUCGAGAAGAAGUACAUCGCGACUCUCGGUGUCGAAGUGCACCCUCUCAACUUCCACACCAACCUGGGACACAUCCAGUUCGACGUAUGGGACACUGCUGGACAGGAGAAGUUCGGUGGUCUUCGCGACGGUUACUACAUCAACGGACAGUGCGGUAUCAUCAUGUUCGAUGUUACCUCCCGUAUCACCUACAAGAACGUCCCCAACUGGCACCGUGAUCUUGUCCGUGUCUGCGAGGGUAUCCCCAUCGUUCUCUGCGGUAACAAGGUCGAUGUCAAGGAGCGCAAGGUCAAGGCCAAGACCAUCACCUUCCACCGCAAGAAGAACCUCCAGUACUACGACAUCUCCGCCAAGUCCAACUACAACUUCGAGAAGCCUUUCCUCUGGCUCGCCCGCAAGUUGGUCGGCAACCCCCAGCUGGAAUUCGUCGCCGCUCCCGCCCUCGCUCCCCCCGAGGUCGCUGUCAACCAGGAGCUCAUGGACCAGUACCAGAAGGAAAUGCAGGAGGCCUCUGCCAUGCCCCUUCCCGACGAGGAGGACGCCGAUUUGUAAGCGUGCGGUCUAUGACGAUGCUGCCGGGGCUCCCCCUGGGAAAUGUCAUCGCAUGGCUAUCGUACUCGCUCCCCCGCCCCCACCUGGGGUGCGGUGCGGCACGGUUUGCAAUAUCUGGGAAUCACGAAUACCACGAUCGAGAAGCAGUCAGGAGGCGGAGCAAAAUUGGGCCGCGAGGAAGACGGGUCGGAGCAUGAUUAUGCAUUUGCAAUAUUUACCACUAGUAGUCUAGACUCCUUAUUAUCUCUCAACACAACUGUUCAAGUUUCUCUUUGCCACAGAUGCCGGGUUUGAAGCAGCCACCAACAAUACCAAUUAAAUAAGGGAAUAAGUCGCAUAUAAGAGGCACAAAAGUUUGAUCGAAGUUAUCUUAGUGGGUUUCGGACGGUGUGAUAGUCUUGAACGAACAAAUCAAUAAAUAUCCACCACCUUGAG